AUGAGCCAGGCAACUAGGAGCUGGGUGUGGACAAGGUGGUGGCAAGGCGUCACCCCACCUGCCAAAUUGCUACACACUGUGCCCCAGAUGCUACUCGUCGUCAUAACGUUUUCACAAGUGGACCAACUGAACAUCACCAUCGCAACAGGAAUCACGCAAGCCACGAUCUUUCUCCUCGCGAUGCCACUUGCCGUGCACGUCGUCGGCGACACCAACCUCGGCAUGUUUACAGCAACGUCCAUGGGGUAUGCACUGUCACCUGUGACCCUCUGUCUAGACGCACCGCUCAUCGAUCUUCUGGACAAACCUGGCGCCACUGUGUAA